UGCUACAGAAAAAACUCGUUUUGUUGUUUUUAUUUCAACCCGAAAGCUGAACGCGUCUUCUGUUGACUAUCGGACUUGACAACGGCCGUACGGCCGGUCAGUGCAGUAACUCAACAGAACAAGUCGCAGUAUAGUUCGUACGACCGGGUCGAUAAGAACGUAUGAAAAUGGCUUCGCUAAAUCGUGAUUGCCUUAGUGAACACGACCGUCAGGUGUUGGAAUCUAUCUUCAAUCCGUCCCAGAUUGGUGGAGAAGAAUUACUCUACAACGGCCAGGAAGAGCUUCCGGAAGAUUUGCAAGAUCAAGCAGAGCCCAACAACCCAAACAUUACGGAAUCGAAGAAACUGGAAUUGGCAGCCAUCCAAUUAGCCGAAGACGGUAACCUACCGGAAGCGAUUCUACAGUUUACCAAAGCGAUACAAGCAGCACCGGAACGACCUGCACCGUGGAAUAACCGAGCACAGGCUUAUCGCUACUUGGGAAACGAGAAAACGGCACUGGAAGACAUCGAACAGGCGCUUUUACUGUCGAAUCGCACCGGACGGACGGGCUGUCGGGCGCUAUGUCAACGGGGUGUUCUACGCAGGAAGAACAACGAUCUGGACGGAGCCCGCGCCGACUUCGAGGAGGCGGCCAAACUGGGUAGUAAGUUUGCCCGCACACAGCUGAUCGAGCUGAACCCGUACGCGGCGCUGUGCAACCAGAUGCUGCGGGAGGUGAUGAAGGUGCAAUGAGUUGAGGCGGUUAGAAUGUUUAAUGAAGUUAUAAAAUACGACUAAGUGUAAAAUCUUUUAAAAUUAUAGAAGCGAAGUUGUUGAGAAAUUGUACAGAAAAUUCAAAAUUAAACAGAAAGUGACUAUGGAUUGUUUCUAAGUUGAAAUAUGCACAAGCCAA